AUGGCCAUGACACAGCGACUGGUAGUUGUUAUUUGGCAGUGGUAUGAGAUAGCAAUUGGGGAAGAUGGUGUUGAUUCAAAAAAAAGAAUCAAGGAUCGCAGUAAUGGAGAUAUCGCUGUUGAUCAAUAUCACCAAUACAAGGGUGAUGUGGAGAUAAUGAAAAAUAUAUCGGUGGAUGCUUAUAGAAUGUCUAUAGCAUGGUCAAGAGUGCUGCCAAAUGGAACGCUAAGUGGGGGUGUGAAUAUGGCUGGGAUCAACUAUUACAAUAGUUUCAUCAAUGAACUCAUAAGUAGCGGUCUAACACCAUUUGUGACAAUCUAUCAUUGGGAUCUUCCCCAAGCUUUGGUUGAUGAAUAUGGUGGUUUUUUAAGCCCUAAAAUUGUUGAUCAUUUUAGAGCAUUUGCAAAACUUUGUUUUGAGAACUUUGGCGAUCGAGUAAAACACUGGGUCACGUUGAAUGAGCCAUAUACCGUUAGUAACCAUGGCUAUGCAAUCGGGGUCCACGCACCGGGACGAUGCUCUGCUUGGCAAAACUUAAACUGCACCGGUGGAGAUUCAGGCACUGAACCAUAUUUGGUGACACACCACCAACUCCUUGCACAUGCAGCCACUGUAAAAUUGUAUAAAGACGAAUAUCAGGCAUAUCAAAAUGGCUCGAUAGGAAUAACAUUGGUGUCGCAUUGGUUUAAGCCCGCUUCAAAUUUAAGAAAAGAUAAAUGGGCUGCACAUCGAGCUUUGGAUUUUAUGUUCGGAUGGUUUAUGGACCCAGUGACAUACGGUGACUAUCCGCAGAGCAUGAGGUCAAUUGUUGGAAAACGAUUACCAAAAUUCACGAUUGAAGAAUCCAAGUUACUAGAAGGGUCAUAUGAUUUUAUUGGAAUAAAUUACUAUUCUGCUAGAUAUGCAAGUCAUAAACCUCGCGUUUCUUAUGCACAUAAAAGCUACUUAACAGAUCCUCAAGUUAAUGAAGCAACUGAGCUUAAUGGGGUCCCUAUUGGUCCACAGGCCGCUUCAGAUUGGUUAUAUGUUUAUCCAAAAGGACUUUACGAUCUUGUACUCUACACGAAAAAAAAGUAUGAUGAUCCAAUAAUUUACAUUACUGAGAACGGCGUUGAUGAGUUCAAUGAUCCCAAAUUACCACUUGAGCAAGCCCUUAAUGAUACCGAUAGAAUUGACUAUUACUACCAUCACCUUUGUUACCUUCACGCAGCCAUGAGAGAUGGUGCAAAGGUGAAAGGAUAUUUCGCAUGGUCAUUGCUAGACAACUUUGAAUGGAGUGAUGGAUACACGGUUCGUUUUGGUAUCAUCUAUGUGGAUUACAGUGAUAAUCUAAAAAGGUAUCUAAAGCGCUCAGCGGAGUGGUUCAAAAAUUUCCUCAAGAAAUCUAUUUGAAAAAAGUACGAAAGUGAAGAAUAUUUGUAGACAA